AUGGGGCUCCGUGAGAGACAGUCUCUGCUGCUGAUGCCACUGUUGCUGCUGGUGACUCGGGUCCAGCCUGGGGCAGCUCUGGAGAGCAUUAACUAUGUCCCCCAGCUCGCUAACACCACCCUGCUGGGAAGGCUCACACAGUCUACCUUCACACUGGAGCAGCCCCUGGGCCAGUUUGAGAAUGUCAGCCUUUCUGACCCAGACCCCAUCUGGCUGGUGGUGGCUCACAGCAACGCCACCCAGAACUUUACUGCCCCGCAGAAGAUACAGGACACACAUGCCCCUGCCAGCUUUGACCGCAAUGGCUUCUACCUCACAAUGAGGGCCAGCCGGGUACAGUACCAGGACAGCCAGUCUGGCAGCCAGCUUCGAGUCCUCCGUGUUGGCAAUGAUACCCACUGCUCCUCGACCUCCCGGGGCUGUAAUCCUCCUCUUCCAGGUGCCGGCCCCUACAGAGUGAAGUUCCUGGCCAUGAAUGCCACGGGACCUGCGGCUGAGACGGAGUGGUCCAAGGACAUCUAUCUGCAGCAAGCCCAGACGUUCCAAGGAGCCCCAGAGUCCCGGAGCAGGAGUACUGUGAUCAUCAUUACCUUCUUGUCAAUCUUGCUAGCGGUCUUCCUCGUCCUGGUCAUAGCUGCUUGCUGCUGGAGAACUCCUGUGUCCAGCCCAGAGCAGCAAGUUCGCAUGAGGCGAUAUCACACCCACCAGGUGGACAGCCUUCGAGCCGAGCGGAGUUCCUGAGAAGUUCCCAGGGCUUUCUCCAGGGGCCAAGCGGCUGAGCCUGAGCUGGGGCCUGCCUGGAAGUUGCUGGACCUCUAGGGGGAAAUGCUUUCAGCCCAAAGCUUGGAGUAGCCAGUCCUUACCAGAAAUAAAUUUCCCUAAUAUCUUGGUAUUUAUCUGACAUGUACCUGGGUUCACCUCCCCCACCCCGCCACUCUUCUCUUUGUAUGUGCGUGCACACACGUGCUCAUGUAUAUGUGUGCGUGUAGAAACCCAU